CUGAAGAUGGCUGACUGAAGUUCAGCAGGACAUGAAACCAGAUUUAACAGCCGACAGAACAAACGGAGAAGAAAUGAGGUUUAAAUGAAAGAAAAUCAAACUUCUGGACAGAAACACCAUCACUCAGAGUUCCUCUCCUCCUCCUCCUCAUCAUCAUGCCUAGCGCCCGUUCACCACCAGAUUCCUCCCAUCCAUCACCUAAUGCAACACCUUCAAGUGCCCCACCCGUCACGACCUCCCUGCCGCGGACCACUCACCCCAUCAUCGUUAUCUCCACCACCUCUACCUACACUAACACCACCGUCAACCCGUUUGCUGCCGCUGCCACCAACUUAUUCAACGACCUGCUGGACAAGAUCCCCUUGCCUCGAUGGGCGAGCUACACCAUCUUUGUGGGCGGAGGUCUGCUGAUUCUGAUCUGCUGUCUGUGUAUCUGCAUCAAGUGCUGCAAGAGAGGUAAGAAGAAGAAGCAGCAGAAGAAGAAGGAUGAGAAGAUCAAUCUGAACGGAGUGAAUGGAAAAACCACCACAGCUCUGGUUCAGCCUGAUGUGGUGGAUGUGGGUUACGGCUCGACCAAACAGCAGAGGGGAAGGCUGCUGUACUCCCUGGACUACAAUGCCGCUCAGUCUGAGCUCACAGUCGGGAUCAAACAAGCCGACGGCCUGAAGGCCAUGGACCUGGGAGGAAGCUCGGACCCAUACGUCAAAGUCUACAUCUGCCCCGACAAGUCCAGAACCUGUGAGACCAAAGUGUUCAGACACACGCUGAACCCCAUCUUCAACGAACAAUUCAACUUCCCGAUAUCCAAGUCCUCCCUCCUGAAGUCGACGGUGGUGAUGCAGGUGUUUGACUUCAACAGAUUCUCCAAACACAACAUCAUCGGCGAGCUCAGGGUGCUGCUUUGCAACGUCGACUGGAACCACGUCAUGGAGGAGUGGAAGGACCUCGCCGAACCCGCCAAGUUUGAGGAGGAAAUCCUGGGAGAGAUCUGCUUCUCUCUGCGUUAUGUCCCCACCGCCGGCAAACUGACCGUGGUGAUCCUGGAGGCCAAAAACCUGAAGAGCAUGGAUGUCGGAGGAAGUUCAGAUCCGUAUGUGAAGGUGCAGCUGGCUCUGGACAAGAGGAAGUGGAAGAAAAGGAAGACGUCUAUUAAAAAGAAGACUCUGAACCCGUAUUACAACGAGUCCUUCACCUUCGACGUCUCGUUUGAACAAAUCCAGAGGGUGCACCUGGUGAUCUCGGUGUGGGACCACGAUGCCAUGACCCGAAACGACGCCAUGGGGAAGAUCUUCCUGGGCUGCGACGCCUCGGGGAACCAGCUGAGGCACUGGGCCGACAUGUUGUCGUUCCCGCGGCGGCCGGUCGCUCAGUGGCACAACCUGCUGUCGGCCGAGCAGGUCAACUCCACCCUAACGUUGAAGAAGAAGAUACCCCUCGCCAGCAAAAUGACCUUCUGAUGGGAAACACAUGACCUCGGUCCCAUCAGCUCGAGGAGAUUUAAACUUUUAAGGAUCAUUUCUCAGAGUCUCUUCUGGGAAGAAAAUUAUUAAAUCUACCUGAUUGAAUAUAUUUUACAUUUAAGAUUAACAUUUAUAUUUUGGUAUUAAAUUUAGUUUGGAAAUUGUUUUAAUUUCAAACCUGUGCACUUCCCUCUUCCUGUAUGAAUUGUAUCAUACAAAACUCCUUUAAUCCAUCAGAUUUCUCAUGAUAUUCUAGAGUUUGCUGUAUUAUGUAUAAAAUCGCGUCUAUGUGUUUAAGAUCAGGAUAUGUUCAGUAACUUUUACCUGAACUCUCCUUUAGCCUCUUGAUGCAGAGAGACACUUUUUUAAAAUGCUUUUCAAAUUUUUUUUUUUACUUUCUGGCGCCCUCUGUUGGUAGCAACAGGAAUGACACUUUGACAGACUGAGCCACAACUUGAACAUUAGAAAAUCCAAAUGAUUAAUUAAAUUCAUGGAACUUUAAGAAAGUUUCUGGAAACUGUUUUUUUUAGGAUCAAAUUAAAUCACCUCUUUAAGUCUC